UUGCUUAUCAGUUGUUACCGUAAAUCUCUUUCAGCCUACCGAACAACGAUAAGCGCGAAAAAGGCCUCGAAGAAGAGUCAGGCACAGACCGAGGCUCAUAUCAAUCCCCAGCAGGCCUCCGAGGUCAUAAACCUUGACAAUUCAGACGAAACCGAGAAGAGUGGACCUACUAGGGAGGGCACUUCCGAAACUGUCGAUCAGACGGAGAACCCCUGA